AUGGCCUGCUGGGAGCUUGGAGGUUCAAAAUCCGAAUUUGGAUGGCCCUGGGUGAAGAUAAUUGCGACUUGGGUUUUCUUCACUGCGCCGAUUCAGGAUUUUCGCGAUGUUCCUGGUGAUAAGGCCAGCGGUCGUCGAACAACACCAAUGCUGCUUGGAGAUAUUCCAGCCCGCAUUUAUACGUCCUGUAAUCUUGUUCUCUUCGAGGUCAGCUGCUUGUUAUGA